AUGGGGUACCCUGCCAAGAAAGGGGACUUCAUCAUGUUCUGGAACACGAGUCUCACGCAGCUUCGUGUUGCCGACCCUACUGUCAUUGACCCUCAGUGGCAUGCUGAUGGGUUACGUACAAGUCCUCUCUGCUUGGCCACUGGCGCAUCAAUUACGUUGGAUAUCUCAAUUCUCCCACGUACUUGUUGGGCUUUACGCCUUCUUAUUUUCACUUCUAAUCAUAAUCUGCCUACUGGGACGAAUGAUGAUAUGGUUUUGGACAACCCGAUCGACACAUCAGCGGCACAGGCAUGGGAUCAAUUAGGAAAUUUCUAUUGGAAAACCAAUGCCUAUCCCUAUAUUCCUGGAGUGAUCUCGCCGCCUUUCGCUCCAUUUAGAAAGGCGCGUGCAUUGCUUCUUGACACUGCCCAAGAUCUGUAUCGCACGGGAACGCCGUCAGUUGAUCGUGUGUGUAUUCUUUCGGAUCGGGUACACUUGAUUCGAAAUGACUCGACCAAGAUCAAACAUCAUCAUAUCAAUCAAUUUGUCAAACUCAAGCAUUAUCUUUCUUAUGAAUCCAUGGUGACCAACGGGCAGCAGUCAUUGCGCCCGCAAGAAGCAUCUCGUCCGAUCAAUGUUCUCAUCAUUGCUCAUCCAAAGGACAGUGAUGGCAUGAUCAAGGGUCCACCACCGCCUGUCACUGGUUUGGAUGACUUGGAGACGGAUCCGCGUCCGGAGUUGGAGAUGGGUGAUGAACCUGUUGACAAGGACUAUACCCUUGAUCCGACGAUGAUGCAAUUAGAAGCCGAGAUGUUGUCAGUCGACACAGCCUUGGAGAAUGUAGAACGGAUGAUCCGUCUUCUAGAACCUUCCAGGCCGGUCGAUGAUGUUGCAGAAGGCUCAUCACAGCCUCGUCAGACUCGGGCAAAAGAGGCUGUGCGGGAAAGGAAUGAAAGGGAAUUGACGGAGUUAGUCGGUCGAAGAACACGAUUACAAAUCCAGCGGGAGUCUAUUCGGGAGCGUAUCCGUGUGUAUACCCGUCGGACGUAUAAGCCGACCCUUGAUGUCAACAAAGGAAAAACCGCGGAUAUACUCAGAGCACGGAAUGAUGCGCUUCCUGUCGCAGUGGAUCAACAUGGAUCUAGAUUGCCGAGUCGUGUGAAUAGUGAGCCUACCCUUCCUGGGCAGCGAAGAUUUUCACAGGCUCCGCGUGAGAGUACUCCUUUUGAUCCCGGAAAAUUUGAUAGUGAUGACGAAGCUGAAGGGGAUGAUGAAAAGACCCCUCAGCAGAAGUAUGACGACUACAUGACAAAGGUGGGAGAAGUUAAGCCGAAUAUGCCGUUCGGCUUCUCGGCAAAGGUGUCUACACGCCUGUGGUUUUACAACAUUCGACGCGCGAUCGGAUUAGUAUAUAGAUAA